UAAAUACAAUUAAGAAAAAAUGGCAUACAAAGAAUACGUAGUGCUACCUCUCAUUGCUCUACUUUCUUCAUUGAUUACUGUCACAGAAAGCUUAGCCCUUACUCCACAAAUAGAUUUGUUGAAUCGAAACAGUUUCCCAAAAGGCUUCAUCUUUGGUACAGCAUCCUCAGCGUACCAGUACGAAGGUGCAGCCAAUGAGGGUGGUAGAGGACCAAGCGUUUGGGAUACCUUCACUCACAAAUAUCCAGAAAAGAUAGAAGACAGAAGCAAUGGAAAUGUUGCAGUUGAUUCGUAUCAUCGCUAUAAGGAAGAUGUUCAGAUUAUGAAGGAUAUGAAUUUGGAUGCUUAUAGAUUUUCUAUAUCUUGGUCCAGAAUUCUUCCGAAAGGAAAGCUAAGUGGAGGUAUAAACCAAGAAGGAGUUGACUAUUACAACAACCUUAUCAAUGAGCUACUUGCUAAUGGAUUGGAACCAUUUGUGACUCUUUUUCAUUGGGAUCUUCCUCAAUCCUUAGAAGAUGAAUAUGGUGGCUUCUUAAGUCCUCGCAGUGUGAAAGAUUUCCAGGACUAUGCAGAGCUUUGCUUCAGGGAAUUCGGAGACAGAGUAAAAAAGUGGAUAACUUUGAACGAGCCAUAUAGUUACAGCGACAAGGGUUAUGCAUUAGGAACAAAGGCUCCUGGACGAUGUUCAUCUUGGUGGAGUUCUAAAUGCAAUGGUGGUGAUUCAGGAACAGAACCCUAUUUGGCUACACAUCACCAACUUCUUGCUCAUGCAGCUGCUGUUAAUGUCUACAAGACUAAGUAUCAGAGAUUUCAGAAUGGUGUAAUAGGCAUAACACUGUAUUCUAUUUGGUACGAGCCACUCUCAGAUAGCAAGCUAGAUCGAAAGGCUGCUGAACGAGCUAUGGACUUUUUGUUUGGAUGGUUUAUGGAUCCACUUACAAGAGGAGAUUAUCCAGAAAGCAUGCGUUCCUUGGUGAAAUCACGAUUACCAAAGUUUACAAAGGAGCAAUCCAAAUUGCUCAUUAAUUCAUUUGAUUUUCUUGGCAUAAACUACUACACUGCCAAUUUUGUCUCUGAUGCUCCAGAAUUAAGAAAUGUCAGAGGCAGUUAUAUGACAGAUCCCCUCGUAAAUUAUUCAUUUGUGCGUGACGGAAAACUCAUUGGUGAAAAUGUUGUGUCGGAUUGGUUGUACGUUUAUCCAAAAGGAUUUCGUGAAGUUUUACUAUACACUAAAGAGAAAUACAACAAUCCCUUAAUUUAUAUUACUGAAAAUGGUGUAAGUGAAUAUGAUGAUCACUCAUUAUCACUUGAAGAAUCUCUCUUGGAUAUUUACAGAGUUGACUACCAUUACCGUCAUUUUUAUUAUCUUCUUGAUGCAAUCAAAAAAGGUGUAAAUGUAAAAGGAUAUUUCGCGUGGUCUCUCUUAGACAAUUUUGAAUGGGAUUCAGGCUACAUCAUGCGAUUUGGAAUGAAUUUUGUUGAUUACAAGAACGGUCUAAAAAGAUACUCAAAGCUUUCGGCCUUGUGGUUCAAGGAUUUUCUCAACAUAGAAACCAAACUUCAUGAUUCCAUAUAAUUCAAGUACUAUCAAAAUUCUUUCACAAUUAUAUAUUGUAAAUACCCAAUUGCUAGGAUUGUUUUAUUCUUGGGUAGUUUCUUAUGAAAUUGUAUUUUCUUAUAAAUGUAUUGUCGAAUUCAAUGCCUCAAUGGCAAUAAAUUAUGCGUGCAUGAUGUGUUACAAAGAUAAUAGAACUUA